GCGACGCUAGCUGUAGUGUGACUUUUUGGACAGAUUUAAACUAAAAUGCGAGUUUUAUAUGAAUUCAUAUGGAUCGAAACACAAACAUAAAUCAUGUCCCAGCUCACGGGCAAGUGGACCCCUCCAUGUUGCGGCUGCCUGUGACUGCACUCGGUUCCUCUCUGUUUCCUCGGAUCGCUUCUUCCUCUUCUCCUCACUUCAUCCGUCAUCUUGUCUCCCCCGCGGCUCCCCCGUUUUACCCAUGGUACACUGCCACAACCCUUCCCUUUCCUAUGAGCCCGGUGCGAUUUCUGUACUCGGGACGAGGUUUUGGGCCUAACUUUCGACAAAUCUGUUCAACAAAUGGUUUGAGAAUGGAGCGACGAGAGAGAGAGCGAGAACCACCUUUUAAACGGAGGAAAAGUUCAGAAGAAAGACCCAAAUUAGAAAAUACUAAAGAAAAGACUCAUAAUUACAAAAAGGACUCAGGUUUAUUGGACAAAAGUCAAGCUGGGAGAUAUUUUAGUCGAGAGAAAGAUGUGGACAGGACUAAAAAAGUGCAACAGGCAAACAUGGAGGAGGAGGUUGCGGGUUCAAAUCCGAGGAUGACAUCGAUCGAUGAUAACCAAGCUCAGAGUAAUGUUCAUGUGAAACCUCUGCACAGACUGUGGGAGCUGGCUCCUCCCUGCCGCAGUGACACUACUCCUCCUCCAGGGGUCAGUGUGGGCUUUGACUUCACUGUGAUGUCAUACAACAUUCUGUCUCAGGACCUGCUUGAAGAUAAUGCGUAUCUGUACCGCCACUGUCACCCAAAGGUACUGAGCUGGGAGUACAGACUACCCAACUUACUCCAGGAGAUACAGCACCACAACGCAGACAUUCUGUGUCUGCAAGAAGUUCAGGAGGAUCAUUUUGUGAUGCAACUCAGACCUGCUCUGGUGGCUCUGGGUUACAAAUGCGUGUACAAGAAGCGCACUGGGUACAAGUCUGAUGGUUGUGCUGUAGUCUACAGAAAGUCCCGUCUCUCUUUGCUCUCGUUCAAUCCUGUGGAGUUUUACAGACGUGGCGACACCCUCCUGGACAGAGAUAACGUGGGAUUGGUUGUACAGCUGAGCCCCAUCUCUGACCCCGCCUCCUCUUUCUGUGUGGCCAAUACCCACCUCCUGUACAACCCUCGUCGCGGUGACAUUAAACUUGCCCAGCUCGCCAUCCUAUUGGCUGAGGUCAACCGCAUGUCUCGCCUCCCCGAUGGCUCGUCUAGCCCGGUGGUGCUGUGUGGAGACUUUAACUCCACCCCUCACAGUCCUCUGUACAGGUUUCUAACGACGGGGCAUCUGGAUUACAAAUUCCUGUCCAUCGGGAUGGUGUCUGGUCAGGAGGAGAAUCCUGGGGGACACAGGCGGCUCCAAUCCCCGCUCUGGUCUGAGAGUUUGGGCAUCUCCAGCUCCUGUCAGUACCAGGAAAAGAACCAUGAGGGGAACGAGGACAAGACUAAAGUAAAGAACCAGGAGAAAUGUGCCCAGAGCAGCAAACCUCAGGAGGAAACACAGCAGAAGACUGAAGAACCAGCCUCUAACAGCCCCACAGCUGUAGAGGGCGCCAUCUCAGAGCUGACAGUGGAGGAUCUGGUCUCCAAAACCACAGAGGACAUUUUACACAGGUGGAGGAUUGAGCACCACCUGAACCUUCAGUCGUCCUACAGCCACAAACUGAGUCCAGACGGACGAGACGAGAUCACCACCUGUCACUCAAGGACAGCUAUGACUGUAGACUAUAUACUGUAUACUCCAGACUCACCUGUCGGCCCCUCCUCCUCAUUACUUCCUGGUGGGCGGGGCCUGCAGCUGCUUGGGAAGCUCUCAUUGGUUGGCCAUUCAGAGCUGGAGCAGGUGAACGGUUUGCCCAAUCAGCACCACUCCUCGGACCACCUCCCUCUGCUCGCCCGCUUCAGGCUGCGGCAGUGACCACAGCAAUGGAAACACCUGAUCUCCUACGGCAACGGCGUCACCCCGCUCUUCCACGGCAACAGCGUAUCACCUGGUCUCCCACGACAACAGCAGCAUCACCUUCCCUCCUAAGGCAACAGCAGCAUCACCUGCUCUCUCACGACAACAGCAGCAUCACCUGCCCUCCCAAGGCAACAGCAGCAUCACCUGCUCUCCCACGACAACAGUUGCACCUGGUCUCACUGCUCAGUUAACUUCUGUACAGGAUGUUUUGACCAAUGACAGGGCAGUUUGAUGAAGAGAAGCAGGAAAUGACAUCAUCGCCAAAUAUGCACACACUUUUAAAAGAGGAUGACGAUAUAAGGACGAGAGACUUGCUAUGUUUACAUGCACACCAAAAAUCUGAUCAUUAUCUUAUUUCUGGAGUCAGAUUAUUGAAAUGUCACAGUUCUAUCUGAUGUGAGAAAUCUGAUUUCUUUCUGAUUGUACUCACCUGGUGCUGGUUUUAACAAGGAAAAUUAUUAAAACAUUUAAAACUAAUGUAGCAGAGAUGAAAAUGACAGACAUGUUAAAGAGGGGGUAUUAUGGAAAAUCUUUUUUUUUCUUUAGCUUUCAAUGUUCCCUCAUCAAAAACACAAGAGAUUUUAGAUGAGAGCCAUGCAUGUAUUUUAUUUUUAGCAAUUUCUCCCGAACCUUAGUCGGACCCUCCUCAUGGUUAGUUGUUUCUGUACAAGGCUCCACCUACGUCACUUAUGCUCCACAUGACAAUUCACCAUAAAUAUACAAAAACAUGAUGCAAAACUGUACACAGCAACUUGACAAACCUGAUGUGAUGUGCAGUAGUUUCAUUAGUGGGAUGCAACUGAUUGUGUUGUGAUAGUGCUCUGAAGGGGGAGUGAUUUAGUGUGGAGAGCAAAGGGAGGAGACACUCAGAGCGUCAAAAACAAAACAAACUAAUUAUAUGUUAAUACAUUUUUUCUGCGAUACCCCGUAGAAGUAAAAUACCCUCUCUUUAAUACCACAGAAGUAAAAUGCCUCCUCUUUAACAGAUUCUUUUAAAAAUAGCAUAGCAUGAUAUAUUGUGGCAGUUUGAAAAGCUCAGAGCUAAUCAGUUCUGCGGUAAUUAAUGAGCACCUAUUAUUUUAUUUAAAAUCUGCUCCCGGAAAUGUAUAAAUCUCUAAGUUAUUAUAUCAUUUUGCCAAAUCUUGCGUUUAAACAUACUUUUUGGACUUAAAACAACCGCAUUAUGGAUAUUAGUUGGCACAAAGCUCGUUAGCCUACACACAAUGCCUUUGAACUCUUAAUAUUAAAAUUUUUUGAGAAGUCUAUGGGAAAAAUGAAUGGAACUAGAGUGGACAUGAAAGGGGCUGCAACUCUUGCAAAGGACCAGGAAACACAAGUGCCAUGAGUUUGACUGAUCAUUAAUGAGCAAUAAUUUUGAUUAGAUUUUCUUGAAGGAAAAGUAAUGCUCUAACUCUAAGGUUAGAGUCAAGUUUUAUUUAUUAACAUUUUAUUAAAUCAUCAACACAACAUUAGAAAUAACUUUACAAAGAGAAAACAACAGAUUUUUAAAAACAAUUUGGAAGUUCUUUGACCUUCACAUGAACAAUGUUUCAUUUUACUUCAGCUGAACUGUGUUAAAUCUGUUUCACCAUUUUAUAAAGCUGAAAUUAAACAAUAAUAAUUUUAUUCAAGUUAUUACUACUACUACUACUUGGAAGUUUAGUGCGGUUUUCCCAAAGAGCAUUUUGGAAUUCUAGUAGGAUAAAUAUUAGGAAAUCAUAUAUAAGUUCAUACAGUUCAGAAGUCUUACUUGAAAUGCCUUUUGUGUGUUUUGCUGCAGAUUUUUCAGUCAUGGUUCUGACCGGGUUUUGAGUUUGUACCAGUUUUCAAUGGCACAUGGUACUCUCGCUCUGUCAGGGGUGUCCAAACUAUGGCUCUGGGGCCAAAUGUGUCCCUCAAGACAAUUUUUCUUGGCCCUCAGGCUUUCUGGUUCUGGCCCACAUUAUCCUGGAAAGUGCUUUUUCUGCUUUUAAAUCCUCCUCCAUUACAACUUCAUUAACCCAUUAUUUUGACGUAAGACAGACCUGAUAUUAAUGGGCUGAAGCUACUGCACCAGUGCGUCGCCCUCCACGUGGUCUGUGUUUCAAUAAGCUGCACUUCAUGAGGUUUGGACACCCUGCUCUAUACCUUAAUUUAUACAAUAAUUUAAAUAUAUCAGUAAUAAGUAAAUGGGACUCAAAACUGUACAUAUUUUUAAACAUGUGAAAUGAAAAUGAUACGUUUAUUUUCAUAGUUGUUUGAAGUUGUUUUUGCCUGGUUUUUGGCACAAUGAUUGAAACUGGGAAUUAAACCAGCAACUGUUUGCGAUC